UGAGAAGAGGCGUGACUAUUGAUAAAAAUGGCGUCUAACAACAAAUUAAUGAUGUCGUGGCACGACAGAUCUUGGAUCCCGAACCUAAACCAGGACAAUAUCAUGGACUACUUCUCUCAAAGGAGCAACCCGUUCUAUGACAGAACGUGCAAUAACGAAGUGAUAAGAAUGCAAAGGGGUGACCCCUCUCACUUAGUUAAUAUGACUGGUAUUGAAUAUUCCUUAUUCCUGGUACAAGAGCCGGUCCUUUAUGUCAUUAAAAAGGUGCACAGGCAGUCACCAGAGAAAGUUAUCCCUUUGGCAAAUUAUUACGUACUUGGAGGUGUGGUCUAUCAGUGUCCUGAUUUGCAUUCGGUCAUCAAUUCUCGACUUCUCUCUUCAUUGCACCUUAUUCAUCAAGCUUUUGAAGAAGCUCAAUCUUAUGCCAGGUAUGGUCCAAGUCAAGGAUAUUAUUGGAAAUUCCCAGGAGACUCUGAAGAGACUACAUCUCAGACUACUAGUAAGACAAAGAAUGAACCUUCAGAGAUGCAAAGGAAGCGUGUAGACGGGCUCUUAUUAGAACUCAUCAAACAGUUCCCGCCUAAAGUUGUACAGCCAAAAGAGGAUGGCAAGCCUCUUCCAAGUGCUCCUGGUGUUACUGUUAGAGGAGAAUCUGUUGACAGUAAAGUUGUUCCACAGGCCCCUAAUGCCAAGCAACCAGCAGCUCCUCCCACUUCAAUAAACAGUGAAAUAAAAUUACCAGACACUAAAAGAAAGAAACUAAAUUAAUAAUAAUAAUUUUGUCAAUAAACCUCA